CAAAUACCAGGAUGUGCAUACGAUACCAGGAUGUAAUCAAGUUUUGCGUCUAGUAUCAUGAAUUCAAAGCCAAUCGUGACAUAUCACGGCGAUCUAAAAUUAUUUUCAGAACUUCAAGCACAUUUAGCACAGCGACUUCCCAAGGAACCAGUUGAAUGGCAUAGAGGGCAUAGAAGGAAAAACCAAAGUUUGUGUUUGGAUCCAAACUUUGUGCCAUUCAGUGACGAGUCGGUGUCUGGUAAUCUGCUGGAGAAGAAAAUUGAUCUUCAUUUGUUUCCCUUUUUGCAUAUGUACUGGACUGACUGCAUGGAGAUCCAACAGUAUAAAGCUCGAUUUAAGGACGACAUAUCAAGAUGGUUACAGACUCUCAACGACAAUCGUGUGCAAGACUGGCUCAUAGUCGUUGUUGUGCAACACGACUCCAUACUGUCAAAGCCAAAAGGCAACGUCCUCGAGAAAAUAAGAAUGGACUUUUGCUCUAAAGUCCAUCAACGAUGUAUUUUGCUUAAGAACUCAAACCAACAUCAAGACACAAAACUGAACGAAUCGUGGCAGACACUAUUGACUCGUAUUCGCAACCUCAUGGUGCACUCCUUCACCAGAAACUUACCACAUCUGGAGGAAACCGUCAGAAAGACACGAGAACAACGACGCAACCCAAACUGGAAUUUUUCUAAAUAUUUUAUUCUUCAAGAGCAGCUCUCGUUUGUUUAUCAGAUGUUGGAGCUGCAUGAAGAUGCAUUGGUUCAGUACAAUGAGUUGGAUGCCAUGUUCUCGCAGUUGGUUGCAGAGGCUUGUGCUGGAGGAACUCCAGUCUCGUUUUCUAACUAUGCUGCUUGCUGUACCACGUGGCAUGGAGCUAACCUUUCAACCACACUUCAAGAGGCAAAUGAGCAGAGACGAUUGAUUCAGGAAGGAAGAAUCAAUCUGCUGCAGUUUAGAAAUUAUCUUUUUGUGCAACAGUCUCAACUUCUAAUGAAAUUGAAUCGCGGAUACGAGAUUAUUAGGCAGACGUUUACAUUCACAAGCGAAUGUCUUCUUGAGAUUAGAGCACUACAGGUGCCAUUAGUUCGUGGUGCUGAUGAUGUGUGGGUCUAUCUGACUUGCAUUCAAGCCUUGAAUUCACUUGACACAACAGAUGCGAUCACACUCGGCUUGGAGACCAUCCCCGCCCACAUGAUAUCGGUAAUGCGAGCCGAACUGUGGAAAUAUGCUUGGGAAAAGUUGUAUACAAUCGGUUAUGAGUGCGGUCUGAUGGAGCCGGGCAGAGAGUCGACGUCGGAGAAAGCUAUUGAGCUGAUGCAUGGGAUCAUGGGCAGUGAAGUCGGAGGUAAAGAAAGUUCAGUAGCUUCAACCAAGCUAUGUAAUGCUCUGUGUUCUGCAAAAGCCUUUGACAAUACUUUCAUUGAAUUAGGAGAAACAGCUUUUGCUGCAUUCAAUCAUGUUGGCAGGCGACGCUUUGCCGCUCAAGUUGGUUAUCAGCUUGCUGUCUUCUUGAUGAGUCGUGGGGAGUUUGAACGAGCAGAACCUUUACUAACCGACUCGUGUCAAAUUCAAGACGCAGAAAGCUGGCAUCUUCUUACUGCCAACGUUCUUGUUCCAUUAGCAGAUUGUUUGCUGAAAUUGGAUCAUACUGACAAGUAUGCAAGUGCUUGUUCGAGUUUGGCGUGUCGUGAUCCGUCACUGCCUGAUACAACACAUCAGCAUUAUUAUCAGGAAUUGUUGAGGAUUGCUAGAGAUGGAAAAGAGCAAGUACUGCUACCCUUUGAUGCCAUAUUCAACUACCAGAGCGGGAAACCAGGCAACGAAGAUGGCGUCUUUUACACAGACAGCGAAGUCACCAUCAUAAUCGAGUUUGUCAGUCUACUGUUCAAGCCAAUCACAUUUGAUCGAGUCGCACUCAGUUUGCAUUGCAUGCACACACCAUAUCUACAGUCUCCAAUUCACAGCGGCGUUCGUCCGGGACUCAAAGAUGCGUCGGUCAAGGUGAAGCUGAUGCCGUCGGAUCGCGAACUGAAACGCAUGCAACGACUUGCAAAGUCAAAAGCCAACGAAACGAGCGAAACAAUGGGAGAGACCGACAGCAUCCAGUUGAAUCAAACUCAAGAGGGAGAGAGUCAGUCAUCGUUUGCGAGUGUCAGUAUGAUCUCCAUGGAUCUUGACUUGGAUGGUAAUGCUGAUGUAUUGGAUAGUCAAGGGACAGUGGAGGGUGGCCAGUCUGCACAAGCAGUCGAGACUGACUUGGUUGUCGAGUCGAUGCUGGAGGCGAUGAACGAGACGGAGGAUGACGCGAUGAGCAAGUCGGUGGAUGUUUCUGCGAUUAGUGGGAAGGUUGAUGAUGACUUGUGGAGUCUUUCUGAUACGGACAGUGUGGAUGCGAAGCUGGUGUGGUUGGAAGCUUGUGGGUGUGAAAUCAAUCCGGGACCGAACUCGCUUGCACUUCAUGGACAGAUCUCUGUUGAAGGUCAGUAUUUUAGUCGUGGUCUGCUAUGUGAGUUAGGCUCUUUGCAGUACUUUCUUGAUCGCGUCCCGACGCCGAGGAGACAACAAGGAAUCGUUGUUCUUCCUCGCAACCCUGAUGUGACGAUUUCUAUCAACAAAAGUGACGGAGGUCAUCUACUCGUCGGUGAAAUACAGAGAGUACGUCUACGGCUCUCAACAGGCAGACAAAGCAUCACACUAUCCUCCACCCUACAGAUCGAAAUUCCCAAGGAAUUCUCUAUCCAACGUGUUCUCUCUUCGUCCAUCUCACCUACAUCCUUCGAUGAUGACCACACCCCCACAAACACCUCAGUCUCUUUGUCCAAAACCGACAACCUAAUGGUUUGCCUGCAGCUUCCAGCAGUUGGACCGGAGAGAGACCUUGACAUUGAGCUGCAAGUGACGGCCAAUCGAGAGGCAAGCAGCAGCAGUGCACGAUGCUGGGAAGUCAAUAUGACUGCAGUGUGUCUGUGGUAUCUCCCUGUACACAGAGCUGAUCUCUCGCUUAAAUUCUACACUCCGAUUAAAUCAAUUUUCAAGCUUCUUCCCGCACGAAACAGGCAGUUUCUCCAGGCAUUUAUUUCCAAUACAUUUCCGGUGGAGUUGGUGCUUCAAUCAGUAAAAAUAUUGUGUGGAAAUAUUAAGCUACAAGCGAUGCGUAGUGAGAUGGAAACGGAGCAGACGGUCAUACCUGCACAGACGACAGGGUAUCUGUGGGUGACAAGAGAAGUUUUAGCAGGACAACAGGGAUGUUGUGCUAUUAAAUAUAAAAUCGAAAGUUUUAAGGAUGAACAUGAAAUGAAGGUCAACUUUCAUCUUUAAUAUUCAGUGCUUCUACUAUAGUAUGGAAACAGACCAGUAACUACAAGCAAACAACUAUGAACACAGCUCUACGUAUGUAUACCAUGUACUAAUGGUUAGUGAUACUAGAAUCACAUGAUCAAUUCAUACAACGCUGUGCUACGUAUUAUGCAGUACAUAGACGUGAUAGGUUAGAUGUUGUGGUAGAAGCAUUAGAGAUAUGAUGUUAAAUCUCCUGGAAAAGAAGAAAGAGAAUCAACAGAUGA